AUGUCCUCCGCGCGAUAUACCCGCUAUCUGGUGGUCGCCCUCGUGGGCCUGACCUUUUUCUACUUCAUCUCCCGAUCCUCCCUCCAGAUCCCCAGCACCGCCUCAUUCCCCAAUCCUUCUCCCUCAUACGAAGACUUCAAGGCGCAAAAGCUACAGUCUUCCGGAAAUAAUAGUAGCGAGCGGGUGAAUGCCACUUUUGUCACCCUCGCCCGCAACAGCGAUAUCUGGGAAAUCGCCAAGUCCAUCCGCACGGUGGAAGACCGAUUCAACCGCAACUACAACUACGACUGGGUAUUCCUGAACGACGCCGACUUUGACGAUGAUUUUAAGAAGCUUACUACGUCACUGGUGUCUGGCACCACCCACUACGGCCGGAUUCCCAAGGCCCAUUGGUCCUACCCCGAGUGGAUCGACGAGGACAAGGCGAAGGAAGCGCGCGAUGAGAUGGAUCGCAAGAAGAUCAUCUACGGAGGCUCCGAGAGUUAUCGCCACAUGUGCCGCUACGAGUCUGGAUUCUUCUUCCGUCAUCCGCUGAUGUUGAACUACGAGUACUACUGGCGUGUCGAGCCCAGCAUCGAGCUUUUCUGUGAUAUCGGCACUGAUCCCUUCCGCUUCAUGAAGGAAAACGACAAGAAAUACAGCUUCGUCAUCAGUCUGUACGAGUACUACGAGACUAUACCUACGCUGUGGGAUAGUGUGAAGAAGUUCAUGAGCAACCACCCCGAGCACAUCCCCAAAGGAAACGCUAUGGACUUCAUCAGCGAGGACGGUGGCGAGUCCUACAACAAGUGCCACUUCUGGUCCAACUUUGAGAUUGGCAGCCUGGAAUGGUUGCGCUCCAAGGAGUACAUCGACUACUUCUCUUCCCUGGACCAGGAUGGCGGUUUCUUCUACGAGCGCUGGGGUGACGCACCCGUCCACUCCAUUGCCGCUGCCAUCUUGCUGAAGAAGGAGCAAAUCCACUUCUUCAACGAGAUUGCCUACUACCACGUGCCAUUCACACACUGCCCGACCGACGAGCAGACGAGGCUGGACCUCCGUUGCCACUGCCAGCCGGACGAGAACUUCGACUGGAAGGGCUAUUCUUGCACCAAUCGAUGGUUCAAAGUGAACGACAUGGAGAAGCCCUACGGCUGGGAUCAGAACGAUUGA